UUCAAUUGUAGGGUUGGGCUUUAAAGGCUUAAACCCACGCCAUAAGAAAUAGAAAAACCCCAAAUCCGAUUCUAGGGUUUUAUCGUCCUCUUUCGGUCAUUCCGAUCCAGACAAUUCCAAACCAAAAAAAUGUUUCCAGGGAUGUUUAUGCGUAAGCCUGAUAAGGCUGCUGCUCUCAAGCAGCUCCGAUCUCACGUCGCUAUGUUCGGCGUUUGGGUUGCUGUAAUUCGAGUUACUCCCUAUGUUCUUCACUACCUCUCCGACGAGAAAGAAGAACUCAAGCUCGACUUUUAGGUCAUUCCCUAAGGAUGUCUGGUUAUUGACGACCUCAUUUGUGCUGCACGACCAUGUGUAUUUACAUUUGCAGAAAUUGAUAACUGUUAGCUCCUUCAUUUCUUAUGCAGUUUUUGACUCGAUCAUGCGGUGAGGUGAGGUGAGGUGAAGUGAAGACUUUCCAAAUUAAGCUCAUGGGAAAAGAAGGGAAGGAGACUUGUAAUCUUUUUCAUUAUUUUCCAUUUUUACCUUUUCUAUUGGAUAAUAAGCAAAUGGUUAUUAUAGUGUUUGAUGAGACGUGAAACCAUUCCAUUAAUUCUCUGGUUGGGUGUGGGGGCAGGCAAUGAAGGUUGCAUUUUAGUUGGUAGAAUGUGUUAAUGUGAGAUGCAGAUGACACUGUCCUUUUAUGCAGCUACAGUUAUUUGGCCUUAAUUAUUAUUGUAACUUUAUUUAUUUUAUAUAUUAAAAUCCCAUUGAUAAUUA